AUGUAUAUUUCUAAACCACCUCUUCAACCGCUGAGCGCAGUAAAAACAAUUGUGAUGAGUUAUAAUACAAAAUCAUCAGUAAAGGCUUCUUCAAAAGUUCCAUAUUUUUUUCCUGAGCAGCCAAUCCUUGGCAAGUUCAUCAAAUUCAAAGAUAAUACUAAAAGUGAUACUGGACGAGGACAAAACAAUGAAACCCUUCCCCCUAGGUUGUUCCAACCUUUCAAAAUAAAAAAUUUAACAGUACCGAAUAGAAUAGCUGUAUCACCUAUGUGUCUGUAUUCCACAUCAAAAAUUGAAAAUUAUAAACCUACAAAUUUCCAUCAAAUUCAUUAUGGCGCUUUAUCAUUAAAAGGUCCAGGUCUCAUUAUUGUUGAAUGUACAGCAGUCUCACCUAGGGGAUUGAUCACUCCCAAUGAUCUUGGGUUAUGGUCCUACGAACAAGCUAUUGAACAUCGAAAUAAGAUUGUGAAUUUCGCUCAUGAUUGUAAUUCUUUAAUUGGUAUACAACUGGGGUAUCUAGAUAAUUUACACGUCGGGGAAGGGCGUGAAACAAAACAAGAUUCUACUUCAUUCGAUGAUUUAUUGGAAUCAAUUAGGAAAGAAUGGACGGAUUCCGCUAAAUUGGCAAUUGAUGUGGCUAAGUAUGAUUUUAUUGAGAUUCAAGGGGAUCAUGGUCAUAUAUUUGACUCAAUAAAUAAUAUAGAUAAUAAUACACCAUUAAAAUUAGCCUCGAAUGAUAAUGCUAAGUUCUGUCUUGUGUUAAAAAUCAUUGAUUCAAUUAGAUCAGUGAUUCCAAAACAUGUACCGUUAUUUUAUAGAAUGUCAGCAUCACAAAAAGCACCACAAAAAGAAAAAGGUGCUAAGGACCAUGAGAAACUCUGGGAUUUUGAUGAUACGAUAGAAUUUGCCAUUAAGUUGGCCGAGCAUGAUGUUCAAGUAAUUGAUAUAACUGGUGGGUUUUACAAUUUUAAUAGUCAAACUGAGAAGAUCAAUGCGAAAAGGAUGUUUAUGAAAAGAUUGAGAACAUCCAUAUUCAGGAAGAAUUUGUCAAUGUUAGUGACUGGUCCAGAAAAUCUUGAAACUAGUCAGGAAGCUGAGCAAGUGUUGAGUCCAAUGAGAGAAGGUAAAAAGAAGGAAGGGGGGGAAGAUGAUGAUAAAAUCCAAGACUUUCUAAUUAUUGGUCAACCAUUUUUGAGGAACAGUUCUUUAGUAACGGAGUGGGCUGACGAAUUGAAUUGUAUUAUUUCACAACCUGUUCAAUACUCAUGGGGAUUUUAUCCUUCUAAUGACUAUAAGGAAAAGAAAUAA